CACAGUAUGAAGUCCGAAACGCCUAGAUAGAGCGAGUCAGAGUUUAUAAAUACAGAAAAUUACACUGAAUUGCCACUUAACUGCAGACUGAAGAGCAUUUUGGAGGAAAGAUGCAGUACGACUACGGUAAAAACAAGGAGGAACACCCCGACCCCAUUAAAGCAGAAGUGAAAGGUUUGCUUCCUGAUUGGCUAGAAGGCACUCUUGUACGCAAUGGUCCCGGUCUCUUUUCUGUGGGAGAGACCUCCUAUAACCAUUGGUUUGAUGGAAUGGCACUUUUACACAGUUUCUCUAUUAAAAAUGGAGAGUUGACAUACAGGAGCAAAUUUCUCAGAGGUGACACCUUCAACUCCAACAUGCAAGCCAACAGAAUAGUGGUAUCAGAAAUGGGCACCAUGGCUUACCCAGACCCGUGUAAAAACAUUUUCUCCAAAGUGAUCACCUUUCUCAGUCACACUAUCCCAGACUUCACUGAUAACUGUGCCAAUAACAUCAUCAAAUAUGGAAAUGAUUAUCAUGCCACAUCUGAAACUAACUAUAUUCGCAAAAUUGACCCCGUCACUUUAGAGACUCAAGACAAGGUGGACUACCUAAAACAUCUACCAGUAAAUAUGGUAGCAUCACAUACACAUUAUGAUAAAGAAGGAAACAGCUACAGUAUGGGCACAUCCAUCGCAGAGAAGGGCAAAACAAAAUACACAUUGUUCAAAGUUCCAGGAGCAGGUGGGUCAGACCAAUCGCAGACGGCUUUGAAGAACGUCGAGGUUGUUUGCACCGUGCCUUGUCGCUCCCUCCUCACACCCAGUUAUCACCACAGCUUUGGCAUGACCGAUAACUACUUCAUAUUCAUCGAACAGCCUUUGAAGCUGGACAUCCUGAAAAUGGCCACAGCCUAUCUAAGGAAAGUCAGCUGGGCCAGCUGCAUGAAGUUCAACCCAGAAGAAAGUACGUUGAUUCAUCUCAUCGAUCGAAAGACAAAGAAGGAGGUCGGGACGAAAUUCUACACGGGUGCGAUGUGUGUGUACCAUCAGGUCAAUGCCUUUGAAGAUGACGGCCAUGUUGUUUGUGAUGUGAUCGCCUAUGAUGACAACGGCUUGUAUGAUAUGUUUUACCUGGCCAAGCUGAAGGAGCCGUUGGCCUCUGACACUAACCCCUUGUACUGUAAGCCCAGGUGCAAAAGAUUUGUGUUGCCCCUUAGUGACAAGGGUGAGACAGGUGAGGAUCUGGUCAAACUUGAAUAUACGACGGCGAGUGCUGUGAAAGAGAAAGAUGGAAAAGUUCUGUGUCAGGGCGAAGUUCUCUUUGAUGGUGUGGAACUUCCAAGAAUUAAUUACAUUUUCAAUGGAAGAAAGUACAGAUAUGCGUAUGCGUGUUUAGUGGACAAAUCUCCAGUGGCCAUAAAGAUUGUGAAGCUUGACGUUGUAACCAAGCAGCAGAUUGAAUGGACAGAGGAGGACUGCUUCGCCUCAGAGUCAGUUUUUGUUCCCAGGCCCAAUGCAGUUGAUGAAGAUGAUGGGGUAGUCCUAACAUCCGUCAUAAACACCAAACCCGGCCAGCGUUGCUUUCUGCUGGUGCUUGAUGGGAAGUCUUUCAAAGAGGUUGCACGGGCAUACGUAGAUGCAGAGUUUCACAUGGACAUGCAUGGAUACUUUAUACCAGACAGCAGUUAAGCGUUUCAUGUCCCUCUGUCACCUGCCCAUUCCAAAUGCAAGCUGUGGGGAACGUCCUGCAGAUGUUGAUAUCUUCACUGAAAUGUCAUCAUUUUGUGUCUGGUUGCACUUUUUAUAACCCUCUGAACACAAAUAGUUUGAUAGACAUGGUCUCCAUUUGAAAGCUGUGCAAAUGUCAAAUGUAAUGUAUAAAUAUAUUGUUUACGUAGUCAUUAAAGAUGAAAUUGUUA